AUGAGUAGCCUCUCCUUCAGUGCGGUCAAGGGGCUGUCGCAAUCCGACCAGAAGUUCGAUGGGUCCCCGUUGCGCAUUGCGAUUGUGCAUGCCCGAUGGAACAAGUCUGUGAUAGACGCUCUCGUCGCUGGCACAGUAGCAAAGCUGAAGGAGACCGGCGUCAAGGAGACCAACAUUGUUAUCCAAUCUGUCCCAGGCAGCUUCGAGUUGCCCCUUGCGUGUCAGCGGGUCAUUGCUGGCGCGCAUGUGCAAGCAGGCGCCAACGCAGCGGACCUCCUUGGUGGCCUAAGCUUUGGCGGAUCGAACACCCCGGCCCGCGUUGCGUCGCCUGCAAUCGGAUCAUCCGGCGCGACGACGGUGCCAAUGCCAAACCAGCCAUUUGACGCCGUAAUCGCCAUCGGUGUGCUCAUCAAGGGAUCUACGAUGCACUUCGAGUACAUCUGCGAAAGCGUAUCUCAUGCGCUCAUGCGGGUGCAGCUGGACACCGGUGUCCCUGUCAUCUUCGGCGUGCUCACUGCUCUCACAGACGACCAGGCGCUGGAACGGGCAGGCCUGGGCAAGGGCGAGAAUAAGGGUCACAACCACGGAGAAGACUGGGGACUCGCUGCGGUGGAAAUGGCGUGCCAAACGAGGCGCUGGGGAGAAGGUAAGUUCUGA